CGCCGGGGCAGCGCCCGCGCCCCCCGCCCUCCCGGCCCCGCCGCGCCCAGCGCCCCGCUCCGCCGGCCCCGCCGCUGCCCCGCCGCUGCCCCCGCUGGCCCAGCGCCGCUGUCAGCCGGGCGGGCGCCCGCGGCCCCUCCGGAGAGCUCGGCAGCGCGGCGCCCGGCGCCACCCCGGUACAUGGAUUACCUGACAUGUGAAGUCACUUCUGUGAAGAAUUAGUCUCUGUAGAAUUGUGUCAAACAAGAUAUCUCCUUCAUAGUAUUUGUAGAAAUUCGUAGUCCAUCCUCAGCCUCUCUGGGUGACUGCAGAAGACAUAGAAUUGUGGCAUCACAGCAGAUUGGAAGUUGAGCAAAUUGAGGACUAUGUCUGAAUGUAUCCAGCUCUCAUUUGCUGUUUGUAGAAUUGGCAUUUACACGUGUUUUAGAGCCCUUUGCUGCAAGGGACCGCCACCACCACGACCCGAGUAUGACUUGGUUUGCAUAGGCCUCUCUGGUUCUGGCAAGACAACUCUUCUGUCUCAGCUCUGCAGCGAAAGCCCGGAGAAUAUUGUGUCUACCACAGGUUUUAGUAUCAAAGCAGUGCCAUUCCAGAACGCAAUUUUGAACGUGAAAGAACUUGGAGGAGCUGACAAUAUCAGGAAAUACUGGAGUCGUUACUACCAAGGAUCCCAAGGGGUAAUAUUUGUACUAGACAGCGCCUCCUCUGAAGAUGAUCUAGAAACUGCUAGGAACGAGCUACAUUCUGCUCUUCAGCACCCACAGUUAUGUACUUUGCCAUUUUUAAUAUUGGCCAAUCACCAAGACAAGCCAGCAGCUCGCUCAGUACAAGAGGUUCGCUCCAGAAUAACCCUAUUUUAGACUAAAAUUACAGUAAUGAAGAAUUAAUCAUAUGUAAGUCAGUUCUGACUGUCAUUUUGGAAACCUUAUGAAACAGCAAAUAAAAACUUUUACAAAUGAAAAAUAAAUGUAGUUACUCAGCAUGUGAGGGAAGAUGGUGGCAUAUCAGUUUGGCCAUGGCUUCCAAAAUACAGGGUGCAGUUCCAAAAUAGUUUACCUAAUUAUAUGUUUCUUUAAGUAAGUUUCUUCCUGACAGAAUGUGCUUUUGCAUUUCCACACAAAAGUACUUUUGAUUAUUGAAACUGGUUUUGAUUAGUCAGAUUUCUCUCACAGACUUAAAAUAUUGCAGGAGAGUAAUGGUAAUAAAAGUGCUUCAAAUUGCUUUACAAGGGAACAGGCAUUACUGUGAUUAUCAACUUUUUAAUUUUUGUUUUGGGAUGUCUUGACUUUGUGUAUGAGUAUCAAAAGCUGGAUAUUGCAAUGGAUUCUUGUGAGUUGAACCAGUGUGCAAAGAGCCACUUUUCUCCCAGGUCAGAGCAAUAUUCAGGAGCUGCAUGUGUUGGAAGUUGUCUGUAGCAGUUAUAUUUUAGGGGCAGGCUAUUCUGGAUGCUCAUCUGAAUCUCUUCAGGACUCCUUGAAACCAUAUAGGACUGGCCAAAGGAGGAACCAAGUAGAAUUAAUUUUUCUGGUUCACUGGUGAAGCAGCUACUUGUUCGGCAGUGUGCUGACUUUGGGGUGUUUCUGUUUUUAUAUUUAGGGCUCUUUAUAAAGUUUUAGGUGCAUUACAUGAUCAUUGUAGGUCCACUCCAUUUGAACUAUUUUAUUCCAAGACCAUAUAUGUGAAGAAAUUCAUAGAGUAUAACCUGGUUGUAGGUUUUUCUUCAGUUAUCCAAAAAUUCAACUAAUAAAUUUCUUUCCUAUAUUUAAAUUUGUGACUUCUAAUAACAGAAGAAAUCACUAAAGAUCUAUUCUAAAUUCCCAUUUUAAAAAAUACUAAAACUUUUUCAUGUAGACUUACUAAUUAACAGUAAAUCAACCUAUUAACAGUCAAUUUGAAGACUAUGCUGUUGGUUUAAAUAUAGUUGUCAGGAAAAGAAUAAAGUAGAAAACUUGCUCUGAUCACAGAUGUUGUUUUUUUUUUAUUGCAUCCAAGACCUUACUUUAAAGUUGAAUUGAUGAAGGUGUCAAACUCCAUAGGAGAGUCAUGUUGAUUUUCCUUUUUUCCUUUGACAGAGUAAGAUUUAAAAAAAUCUUUUAAGUGCAAAAACAAUAUUUUCAAAAGUGAGUUUGAAAGGUUUGUUGCAUAUUAACAUAGAUUGUGAUGCAUUUAUCUAGUUGAGAAUAUAUGGAUUUUGAAUCACUAUGUUUAAUAUUGGUUUUCUGCUAGCAGAUUAGUGGAAGGUGACUGUCCUUAUGAAAAGAGCCAUCUUAGGGCUGUGAGGGCUGUUACCUCUUACUCUGCCAUUUUCUUCGCUGUUCUUUCUGUCUAGAAAUAAUUUUGUAAAUAAACAAUGUCUUCUUGAAGCCUUAAAUAUCUUAAAGCUAAAUAACCUUUUCAGGAGAAUGCUCAGGUUUGCCAGCAGCUGUGGAGGCUCUUACUGGUGGUGGGGAUCUGGAGCACACUGCAAACUGGACUUUCAGGGCCUGAGUUGGCUGCGUAUGACAGGCUCAAUUCCAGGGUGUAAUCACUUCUCUAUAUUCCAAUGUCUUUGUACUGUUUUUCCAUAAUUCAUGCUGUUUGUGGUUUCUGCUAGUUAGGGGAAAAUUGUUUCUCUUUGGAAACCCUUUCAGUGUAUGAGUUAUAGAUGUCAUUUCAUCACUAGCAAUCUGAAAACCUGCAUGGAGCAGUGACGUCUAAAGAGGUUUACACUCAGAGAGUGUGUAGUAUCUUAGCUAAUAGUUUUGAGCAAAUGUUUUCUGUAGGAGCUGAUACUGCAAAAACCUAGCCUACAACAAAGAGUGAAAAUGAAAGUUUUCUCUGCAGUCUGUCCCGUCCUCACCCUAGUCAAGCCUCUCAAAUCUGAGUUUUCAAAGACCAGCUGUUGCAAAUCUGUGUACUUUGUGACAGGGACAUCCAGAGCAAAGUUAAAUCGGGGACAGAUUUUUGGUUACUCAAGGAACUUUUUCUGAGAUGAUUUAUCUUCAGAUUACUGCAGUAAAUAGCCAAAAUAUAGAUUCCUACCCUGUUUUUGAGAUCAUAGUGACCUUACUGACCUUAAUAUUUGCAAUCUCCUCACUGCAAAUACUUCUUACCGUCCAAGGUGUGUCCCCUGAUAUUUGAAGAUUGUUUUGGAGCUGGACUCUGCUAUUUUGAGUAUUGGCUGCUUCCUUCACAACUGUGGCCUUUGAGGGAACAGAAGAGUUAUUUGUCAGACUUCAGUUAUGAACGCAUUUGCAGGAGAGGAGAAUAUUAUUAAAUGGUGUUUAGACAGUAUUAGUUUUGCCCUGUUUAGAACAAUGCAGAAGUACCUCCUAUUUGUAUUUCUUAUAUGAACUUCCAUUCUGAUUAAAAAUUUAUUCAUACCUGUUUGGAAAAUUAUUUAAAUAUAAAAGGAUCCUAUAAUAAAAAUAAUAUAUAAAAAAAUGCAAUCUAAAAAGAUAAGCAAUUUAAAUAAAUGUGAGUAGAUCCAUAUCCUAGUUAAAUGUGAACUACAAAGAAUUUUGUACAUUUGCAAUGCUGAAUUCAAACAGCAACUACACCUUUCCUUUACAUGAAUUUGUGUUUCAAUCAAGUUUUAAAGUAAACAAAGUCAUAACAGAUAAAAUCAUCAAUAUAUUCAUUAGAUAAAAAGAUGAAUUAGUAUAGUUGGUAAUGUUUUGGUGAAUAAUAUCGCUUAGUACAGCUUAAUAUUGCUGUCCCAAUGUAUGUGGGACAAAGAGGCAAAAGCUUAACAAAGAAAAGUAUCUCUCUGAAUAGCAAAUUUCUAGUUGUGCUCUUGACAAAUAUGUAAGUCUGCAAGGAAAUUAAUUCAAAGACUGCCCCUAGAAACUCUGAUUUGGAAUGGUGUUCCUGAAGAUAGCAAAACAAACGCUGGAGCACACCUGCAAAUGUGCAUAUAUUACACAAUGUACAAGGAGAUAAAGAGUAGGAGUAGAACAGCUAAGACACACAAUUAGAAGUACUGUCCACAUACACUGAUUUCACAACAUGAAGCUGUAUUUAGAGAAAUAAAUCUCUUGAAUGGCCCUUUGUAGUGAAUGCUGCCAGGUACACUUCUGCAAAAAAAGCAGCUGCAUGUCUUUGGGUAGAUUUUGAAGAGUAUUGCUGUAUAUAGUUUUGAACAUCAGACAUGGAUUUUUACAGCACUAAUUGGGUCAUGAAAUGGUUGUUUUGUAUGUAUGUAGAUGGUGUGUACUUCAAGUGUUUAUUUCAUCAGGAGUAUUGGUUUGCUUGCUGGCUACUUUGCCUCUCCCAUCUUUCAGGUGUAACAGUCUGAUUGUAUGACCAUGUGAUGAACUGGUUUGGAUCCAAAAAUUACUACAAUCCUUCCUCAAUGUCUUAUUUUUAAAUAAACUCAGAUGAGAAGAUAAUUGGAUAAUUGGUGUACAGGCACAAAUGAGAGGUGGGAAGAAGGUGUAAAACUAGAACUAGUGUGGAAAGUUGGAGGUGUGGAACUAUAAAAUCCAGUGAGUGUUGGACCACAUUACUUCUCACUUCUUUUUGCUUAUACCCCCCAGUGAGCCACAGUAAAGGAAGUUUAUACAGGAAAUAUUAGAAAAUAAUUUUUCCUCUUGCUUAAAAAUGAAUGUUCUAUAGUAUGCAUGCAAUUACUUUUGCUGGAUUUGGGAGGAAGGUAGGAAAGAGGCAUUUAUUUUCACUAUGUACUUGGAAAAUUUCGUGUCUUUGUUGACUUCCAAGCAAAAAAAGGAGAGAAAAUGUCAUUCAAAGAAAAGGAAUUGGCUGCACUUGCAGAACUAAGCACAAUGACUGUAAAGAUAGAGCACAGUCUCUAUAGAUAAAAAGUAAAUUGAUUAGAGAAAGUUUAAAAUGCUUUCAGAUAAAAAUCUAUAUGCAUAUUUUAGUAAAUAUUUUUAAUAAAUAUUUGUAUACUUACAGGUGUUUAUAUGGUAUUCAGUAAAGACUGUUAGAGAAGAGCACAGCUUUUUACAGUCUUUCUGAAGCCCUUUUUGCUUGGUAAAAAGUUGGUGUGCUUUAAUGGAGAAUUAAAUGAAAUUCUGAGGCCUGUUGGAUACAAAUCUGACCACACAAUCAUUGCAACCCUUUUGAACCCCUAUGCCUGUGAUAUUGCUGUUCUGGGGAAUUCUUGAAUGCUCAAAAAUUUGAUUACCUUUAGUGACAUCUUACAUGAAUAAGAGAAGAUGUAUUUCUUUCAGAAUUGCUAACUAUUACAAAUGGAACAAAAUAGUGGCUAUAUAACUACUUUCCAAAUAUAACUAUUGUUCUAGCAAAAAUAGUCUCAGGAUCAGUUGAAAAAGAAUGGAAAAGUAUUUAAUAAUGAAUUGGAUAAAGUUUGUGAAAUGUCUUUGAUAAUAAAAGUGAUUUAGUAUGUGUUUUUCUUUCAAACACCAUUCUUAUAUGUAUAUAGGUAUGCAUAUGUAUUAGAAUGAAAUCUUGAGUUCAAUAAUACAAGCUGCUGCUUUUUAAAAGAUGAGGACUUAUCCUUCUGUUUUUCUUUUUAAUGCUAAAAUAAGUUUGCUGAUUAAAGGCAAGUUAAAUAUACUGUGAACCUUGUAUUUAGCAAGGAAAAAAAUCAUGUUCUGUAGUUGAACUGUGUAAUUUAUAUUUGGUACUCAGUAUAAAAAAACUAAAUUGUAAAAGUGUUUUUCAAGUUGAUUGUGAUCACAUAAUCUUUAUUCCAUUAGAGUAGGUAUGCAGUGUAUGAAAUUAAUUUCUGGCCACAGUCCAUUCUGCAGGAAUUAGACACUUACUCUCUUGGGAAAUCAUGAUGAGCUUGUUUAUUGGUCAUGUCAGGGAAGUUCAGCAAUAACCACAGCAGGAGAAAAAUCUACCCAUUUUAUAUCUAUGUAAGUAUUUCAAGUUAGAUUUUAGUUAUGUUCCACAAAAGUAGAAAAUUUUCAGCUGCACCAGUGCUACUUGUGCUGUGACACAGCACAGGUUAUUAUUGUCUGUAAUUACCAAUGCCCUGAAGACCUUGCUGGAAAUAUGUGUAUGCAGAGUUUCUUAAAACCUGCAUCAAAUAGAAGGUGCUCAGAGCUUAGCCUGAGCACUAGAGGCUUUCUGUUCCUUAUCAAACUCAACAUUUCUGAAGAUGCCUGGGGAGAAUUUCUCUUGAAUAUGAGCUGCAGCAUGAGGGAAAGCAAACCUGAAAAUUGAGGUAUCACUGGCCCAUCCGAGGUUGAUUUUCUUUAGAUGUUUUAGCAUAGAAGUCCUAUGAGUGAAAACAAACCAUAAACCUCUGGUGGUGGAGAUGUUGGCAUGUAAGAAUUCAUGAAACAAAGAUGCCUUCCCAAGUGACAGGAUGGGGAAAGGAUCAUCUUUGCAUCAGUGUCCUGGAUGCUACUGAAACAAUGCUACAAUUGUCAAAGGCCAGGAAGGAAACACUGCUGUAAGGUGCUAUUUAAUUCCUUCCUAUCCAUUCUCAGUUUUCAACUAAUUUUUUUUUACCCUGGGAUUCUUUCAAGCCAUUUUGCUCCUGGAAAAAUCUUGGAUGCUCUCUGGGUGGUGGAAGAUAAAAAUCAAAGAUUGUUUUGAGCUUGAUUGCUGGACAAGACACUGCUGCUUUUGCAAAUGGAAUGAGCUUGAGAGGAGUAACAGGAGGAAGGGGAGGGGUUUGCUGACAAGUCUCAUGCACUUCUUUCCCUAUUAACUUCCCGAGACUUUACUGGCAGUAAAGCAGAUGAGCUGAGUAGAGAGCAUUCUGAGGUUCAAACAAAACUGAAGAAUGGAACGGAGUUCUGAAAAUUCAGAAGUAGUGAAGGGCCCCACAGUUCAAGGUUGAUGAGGAUGCAGUACUAUGAGUUUUUACUUAAAGAAAAUUGGAGCCAUUGAAGGCCUUCUUCUAUAGCAAUAUAGGCUGAGAACAGUGUCCAUUAUUUCCUCAGAAACCACUUCUGUUCAGUGCAUAAUGACAUUUGGUUCAAAAAGAGGAAACCUUUUUCCCAUCCGCUUCUUGCAGUGAUUCAGCACCAGAUGCCGACAUGCUUCUGAAGAAACGUGAAUUAUCCACUCUAGCAUCUGGGAACAAUCGUCUUCAUAAGACUAGAAGCAGGGUUUUAAAUAUAACAACAUUAUUCUAAUGAUGAUUUGUUGAUACUGCAGCAUAUCAUUAGUCAUGCUGGAAUCUUUAUAAGAAUAAAUGUUUUCUCAAAAUAGUUUAAAUGUUUAGAAAAUCUAUUACAGCAGUCUGACAUGAAACAGUAAGUUCUGUUAGAAUCUGAACAGCCUGAAAUUUUGAGUUAGUCUAGAAAAGAACUUUGUGAAGGAUGAAACAAAUUAACUACAUAAUAUAUUUUAAAAAAGGGCAAAUUUAACAAAUUUUUUACUUGAAAAUGUGUUCUUUUAUUAUUCAGAUUUACACACAUCAUCCUUAUAUUAUUUUUUCCUACUGUUUUCAAAAACAGAGAUUGCCAGUGUAUUGAAUAAUCCAUAGCUAUGGCUGCACAUUUCUCAAUAUCUUUGCUUUUUCUGGUCUUCUUUGUUAUAUUUAUUUGUUCAGAUUCUGAUUUGAUACAAAGUUGCAAGGGUCAGAAGGCCUGUGCUGUGUUAAUACUGUCUUAAAAGUUAAGACUCAGUAUUAACGUGUAGGCAUCUUUAAAGUUGAUGUAUGCUGGAGUUCCAUUUCAAGUAUUAAUAGGCAUCUAUUGCCUAUUAAUAGAUGUGUGAGGCAUCUAGCAAACUAAUAAAAAAAAAACCAACAAAAAGCCCAACCUGCAUUAGUGAAUGAACUUUGCUUAAAAGACUGUAGAUUUUAUCCACACAUAUCUACAGCGGUGGAUAAUUGGGAUUACUGCAUAUACUGUUAUAUAUUUGCUACAAUGACAUUAUUUAUUUAAAAAUAAGUUGUUCCAUCUAUCUUUCUGUUAAUACAAGCUUUUCUGUAAAUUUUUUUUUCAAUAUUUUAUCAAAAUGUAUUAUCACAGCUUUUACAUUCCCAUUUUGGUUUUUAUUGUACUUUGGUAAUAAAUGCUAAGAAAUUGUUUGGUACAUUAUAUGAAACAUUUAAGUACUUAAAGGAUUUCUUUCCUUUGAUUUCUUAUAGCUUUGUUCUGUUGCAGUAAUGCUUUUACAGCAGGCCAUAUAUUAACUACAAAUCUACUACAGAUAUUCUCUUCCAGUUUGUUUACCUUUGCUCCUUGCUGCUAAUUACGCCUUUACUCAUGGCUGAGGAUAAAGGGAGUAAGAGAGUGAAAUUUGAGUCACUCUCUAAGGCAGGAGAAGAAAUCUUUUCAGGGCUGUAAACAAAAAGAUGCUCUGUCACUAAUAUUGCAGGAAACAAUCAGGUCCUGUUAGCUGCAACAGCAUCUUCGUUAGUGGCACAAUGUAUAUUUGUUGUUUUAGAAAUACAUAACUCAUUUUGAAGUUAAGCAGUAUUAAUGCAUGUGAUAUCUAUAAUCUGUGUUUGCACAGAACCUUAUUAAACAGUCAGUACUCUUCAUUAAGUAAUUUGCUCUGUUCUUUGAAUCAGAAUGUAUUACUUGAAAUUAUUACUGUAUUUAAAUUUUUUUUUUCUUAAUUCAGUUUGGGCUUUUUUGUU